AUGUUCCGACACAGUCUACCUCGUCUUCUGGCAAAAAGGUCAAACGGGCCACGAAAGCUAAGCAAGGCUUCACCGCAAUAUCGUCACAUAGCUUUAUCAUCCCGCAUAUCGUCAAAUACAGAGCCUAUCUCAUCCAGCUUAAACGUCGGACGGUCACCAGAAAUCACGUCUAGAUCGAGUAAUAUACCCUCGGUAUCAACGAGUGAGGACAGAACGACCAUUUCCUGGCCGGAUGGAAGGGUGACCACCUUUGAUAAUUACUUCUUGUUCGAUCAUUGUAGGUGUCCGAAAUGCUAUCAUCAACAGACGAAACAAAGGCUCAAGACGUUGAGUGAAAUACCGAGCGAUGUUCACCCAACUUCGGUCAAGGUAGAUAAAUCCGGUGUCAACCUUACCUGGUCAACGUCAGACUCUCAUCAAUCAUCCUUUCCAUUUGAAUUCUUGCGAAGAUCAGCUUACGAUCCACCGUUGGCUUCUUAUCGAGAUGACACAGAAGGCCGAGUAUUGUGGAAUUCCACCAUCGCUCAAACACCUCCAACAGUUCUAUACGACGAAAUCAUGAGUGAAGAUAAGGAAGGUGAAAAGAGCGGGAGGGCAAUCUUAAAAUUGCUCAAUAAAGUGCAUGAUUUCGGAUUUUGCUUUAUCAACAGCGUACCUGCUACAGGGGAGGAUACCAAGGAAUUGAUAGAAAAGGUUGCGCCUAUACGUAAUACACAUUACGGCGGUUUCUGGCAAUUCACUGCCGAUCUCAGUCACGGUGAUCUUGCAUAUUCCAAUGAAGGUUUACCUGCCCAUACCGAUACGACGUAUUUCACUGAUCCAGCUGGAUUACAAAUAUUUCACCUCCUUUCACACCCAUCUCCUCCAGGUACGGGGGGAACGACUCUUCUAGUCGAUGGGUUUUACACUGCAUCCCUUCUUUCCACUUUAUACCCUACGUCAUAUUCACUCUUAUCUCGGCUAAGAGUGCCCGCACAUGCAUCAGGAAGUGAGGGAACGCCUCUACGUCCACCAAUUAGUCAACCUGCUUUCCGACAUGAUGGACAAGGUCAAAUGGUACAGGUCAGAUGGAACAACGAAGAUAGAGGCGUCGUAGGUCAAGGAUGGACGUCUGAUGAAGUCAAAGGAUGGUAUACAGCCGCUAGAAGAUAUGAUGAAUUAAACAGAAGUGAAGAUGCUGAGUAUUGGGUGCAGUUGAACCCUGGCACUGUUUUAGUUAUCGACAACUGGAGAGUAAUGCACGGUAGAUCACCUUUUACAGGUUCAAGAACCAUGUGCGGAGCAUAUGUAGGUGCAGACGAUUGGUUAUCUCGUCGCGCAGCUUUGACCAAGAAACAUGAGAUACGAAAGAAGAGUAUUUUGAGCGAUGAGUGGAGUUCAGGGUGGUAA